AUGCUGCAAGACUGUAACCACAACACGUGGGGCGCAGAAUGCAAACAGGCGUGCGGAGACUGUCGAGAUAACAUCACGUGCAACGCUGUUGUCGGUGUGUGUGACGUCGGCUGUGACCCCGGUGUAUACGUCACCUUAGACAAACCCAUGUGCAACCAGGCAUGUCCCAACGGUCUCCAUGGCUACAACUGCACACAGACCUGCCAAGUUGGCAUCUGUUACGGAAGUGACCUAUGCGACAAGAAGACCGGCGCGUGCUUAGAGGGAUGUUUGUUCGCCGGCUAUCAGGAACCCUCCUGUACUUUAGAAUGUUGUAAUGGGACGUACGGACUGGGAUGUGCCUACAAGUGCGGGGCAUGCGCGGACGGGACGCCAUGUAACAAGUCUACGGGGCUGUGCCCAGGGGAAUGUGACCCGGGAUUUGUCGGGGACAUGUGCACGGAAAAGGACGGUGCUCUAGCGCCGGCGAGUAUCGCUCUUCUGGUGAUCGGCAUUCUCUUUCUAGUCGCCGGGAUACUCGGGGUCCUGUUCGCCUUAUGGGUAUACAAGAAGUGA